AGCCAAUCAGCGCCUCUGUAGUACUCUCUCGCCGUGGAGUCGUCCAAUCAGUGACGCGUUGCUCUUUGUUGUUGCGAUGACAUGAAAACAUUGUUGUUGCUGCUGCGGAGACUCACGGACAGACGAGCAGGAAGGACGGAAGGUUCGCGGGGCUUCCUUCAGGUCCGGGUUUAGUUAUUAUCAUUUUUUUUUAUUUUUUAGAAAAAAAGGUGGCAGUUUUUGUCUGUAAAGGAGCCGCGGGAGCAGCCAUGUCGGUCAAUAUGGAAGAACUGAGGCACCAAGUGAUGAUAAACCAGUUUGUUUUGACGGCUGGCUGCGCCGCGGAUCAGGCGAAGCAGCUCCUCCAGGCGGCCCACUGGCAGUUCGAGACGGCCUUGAGCUCCUUCUUCCAGGAGGCCAACGUCCCCGGGCAUCACCACCAGAUGAUGUGCACUCCCAGAAACACCCCCGCCACGCCACCCAACUUCCCCGAUGCCAUCACCAUGUUCUCCAAACUGCGGGCGUCCGAGUGUGGCUCCGGCAGUGGGCCCUCCCAGGCGUCCAUGGCGUGCUCUCCACCGACUCACUCCUCCACGGCGGGAUUCGGCUCCUUCUGGGCGUCCUCGCCACCCAGCCACCAGCCGGCCUGGCUGCCCCCGUCAUCGCCCACGGGCCACCACAUGCAUCACAAUCACUACCACCACAUGCAACAGACUCCUAUGUGGCCCCCCGUCUCCCAGCCCAACGGCUCCCAGCAGCCCCCUGUUGUAUCGGCACUUCAUGGACAGAGAUGAGGCUGAGCGGGCGGGCUGAGUGAGCUCGGGCAGGGCGGGAGGGUCUGGGGUUUUAGGGGCGGGAGGGGGGAGGAUUUCUUGUUUCUCGUUUCUCUGAACUGAACACGAGCAGUUUGGCUUUGCUGCGAGCCGGAGGGCGACACUGGAGGGUCUCCGAGGACACUGAGAAACUGAACCCAGCCACGCUCUGAGCAGAACCCCAACAGAGCACUUACCGAGGAUCGGAGCCAUGAGACGUGAUUUUUAGAGACUCUCUUUUCAUUUGUCAGAAAAAAAUCAGACAGGAAGUCGACAAUAAACCAGCAGACCAAGAGGAGGACGAAUCAGACGUGUGUGUGUUUGGAGUACAGAUGUGCAUCAACAGGUCAGCUACAAAGUUUCCGCCCGGGCUGCAGACACUAACGUGAUGUCAGAGACGAUCCCAGUUUGUGCUUCUCACUGAGUGCCGAGUUGUUUAAGGAGGUUUUUCUGAGCUGGAUGGAAAAAUGUUGAGUUUGCUGCACACCUGCCAGAUGUGAACACAGCUGGAAGUGAGAAACUGUGCCUGAGGCAGAAAAUUUAAAAUAAAUGUAAUCUUGUUUAUGUCCAAUGAUUCUUUUUUUUUUUUUGUCGUUCUCUUUGCUUCACGAUUCCUCGUUUCCACCUCCUGAAUCUACAGAUUUUUAAUUCCACUUACAAAUAAAUAAAACUAAACACCUGCUCUGAUUCUUUCACAUCUGCUGAUGUGAUGAAAUAAACCGCAGAUAUGAGAAGGUUGGACAGAACGUGACGUCCUCAGUCUUCAUCUGACAGUCAAAGCGUUACCUUUGUGCACAGCUGAGGUUCUUUCAGAAUGAUUCAGGCUUUUCUUUACUAUUUAAAUCAAAAAUUGGACUUAAAUCAUCAAGUUUGUGUUUUGUCAUGGAAACUGUAACACCAUCAUAGACUGUAUAUAAAAGAUGGACAUCACCCAUUAAUUUGAAACGUCUUGUUUUAAAACAUUCAGUUGGCGACUUUUACUGAGUGACUUUGACCAUAAACUUAUCAGGAAAGUACAGCUGAGGUCAGAGGUCAAGUGAGCAGUAAGUAAAAGAGUCGCCCCCUGUUGGGCAUUAGCAGGAAUGCAUCAUUUUCAAUGUUCAUGCCCAGAAGCCACAUCAGUCUUUCAUGAGCAGUGCGUGCAAGUGCUUCGGGGCACAAAUUAAAAAAACAAAACCUAAAUAUCUCCUUUUUUAAAAAAUUUUUUUUCGUAUCUUUGUUUGGAUUGAGAUCUUUAUUGUGCAGCAGAUUUGAUAUUUUUUCAUUGCACUGAUCUAGAUGCACCGAUGUAGACGAGCUCAGUAAUGUUCGCCAACGUCUGUGGGUGGGGUCAGCUGUGAUGAUGAGCUGAGUGCGGCGAAUAAAUGACAGAAGAAGAAGAAGAAGGUCAAAAAUGAGCUGCUGAUGUGAAGCCGGAUUAGAGAGCAGAACUCGAGCGUCCACUUUUCUGGGUUGUAAAUAAAAAGAUUCCAGUUGAACUUCUGAGAGCGCUUCUAUUUUUUUUUUUAAUGUCGGCUCCUCUGCCAUGUGUCUGCGAGAGGUUAAAGGUCGACUCGGCAAUUUCCACACAACCUUUCAGACAACCAAACGCUCCUACCUCCACCUGUGUGAGUGGGCGGGGCCCCGCGCUCGCUCUGAAUGUACUCCGCAGGACUUCCUGUUUGACAAGUCCUGCAUGCGUCACGGCGAGUAAAAUAAAGUUGCGUUUACGUCACGAGGAAGAGGAGUGAGGAGUUUUCAGGUUUUGUUCUGACAAUCAGCCGUUCGUGAACAGCGUUUAUUCGCUGCAGGAGGGGCGUGUCGGUCUCUGACAUCGGAGACUCUCAGAUUUAAAUGAUGCGAGGGAACUCGAGCGCUGUGAGCUAACAGGCUAAACGCUCAGCUUUACGGCAACGCCUGCACGCUGUCAGACUUUAAUGUGACGUAACGCUGUCCAAACGCUGUUUACGCCAAAUUCCUUUUUACAAAGCGAGGACACUUUCAGCAGAACGUCGCGGCGCUGAAAUGGUGGGAAAAUUGUUGCCACAGUCAAACACGUCGUGUUUGACUCGUCUGGGUUAAUGCGAUGGUGUCAGGUUGUAGCUGUUCGUCUCUGCAGAAAUCCAACCCUCUGAGGAGCCCACGCGUUAACCCUGAAACUGAACUUUAUGAAGAGAUUUGCUUAAAAUGAACUAAGAACAGAUUCUUAAUCAAUCGUUAACAGUUUAAUCGACACUGGUUCGAUUGUUGGAGCCUCGAUCGGCUCCACUGGUGGAAGCGUAACCGAGUAUUUAGAGUUAAAGAUGUAAAUGUAACAGUCUUACAGCUGAGUCGUUGGAAAAGUUUAAGCGUGAAACAUUUGGACUGAAGAUCAACUAAUGAUCAGCUGAUCGAUCCCUUUUAAAGUUUAAUGAUUUCCAGUCCAUCAUGUCAGUAAACGCAAGUUUGGCUUUAAAAAACUUGGAAAAUCAGAUUUUUUCCAAGUACAAAAUUUCACAUUUGCGACUGAACCCACCAAAGCUUUGGUUUAUGGGCUCAGUCGUUGGUGGAUCGCACAGCCGCCGCCAGCUUUUCCACAGUGAAACGCGGAGGUCAGUGGACGCCUUUCAGGGUCCAAGCUUUUAAAGAGACCUUUUCCUAAAAGUCUUAUCUCUGAUGAUGCGUUCGCUGACCUCAGGGCAAAUUUUUUCCAGUCUGAACUCGUUCUGGAGGAGUUGAGGCAAAUGAGGAGCGGCUGGAAGGUGACCUCCCGCCUGGUUUGUUGUUGCCGACGAUCCGCGGGGUUCGGAGGCUCUGUUUGAGAUUCCCGCAGCGUGGAUUAACCGGCCUGUCCACUCUGCUCCUACUCUUGUUUUUGCAACAUAUUUUAGGCCUUUCAAAUCCAGCCGAGGACUUUACAAACUGAUCGAAGGGUCAUUAAAAGAUGUUUUUAGCUCUGGUCACUUCCUCACAGACUCUGAUCCACGACUCUGUUUUAGAGAUUUCGCUCAUGAACUUUUUUUUCACUUCCUUUGUUUAAAUUUGUAUUUAUAUGUUUAAUAAAACAACUUCUGAUGUGUA